AUGCCGCCUUACGUGGCCCCUGGGCCCCCGUCUCGAUCCUUCCCGAAAGAGCUACGCACUCCGCAUGAGAAGAGACAACGCCUCGCCUUCCUUCGGCGCUCUGUGCUGCAAGAUGCGUAUAUUCUCGAGGUGAUUGAGAGGCACCUGCCAACAAGGUACCAGAAGUUCGCUCUCCUUGACGCUGUCGAUGCGAGAGACGGAUAUGUGCAGCUCGUCAGGGCGGGACCGGUGCUAUUGCAUACCCACCCACUGUUCUCCAGACUCGUAUUGAGGAAGAUUGAGCCAGCGCUUGUAGCUCAAUACUCUACAUUGCAGACAGUUCAGCAGCGGCAGAGCUUCAUACGUGUGAGCAUUAACAUCGACAACCCAGCUCACCAACAAGAGAUGAGGCGCUUCCUUCGCGAAAUAUUUGAUGGCACCGCUACAUUGCCAGGCGGCAUCGCGAAUCGAUGCUCCGAUUGCUGGAGGAGAAUGCAGGCUUUUCACCUGGAUGGUACGAUUCGCCGGUGUCGAGCAUGCGCCGAGCGGUACUUCGGCAGUGUCAAGCAUACCAUUGAGUCCCUCGACCGACGAAUAUGUGGCUUCUUCAAGCUACCCCCACCAUGGAUGUCUGGGUCGUUCAAGACAAAUACAGCACCUUUCGAUUACGAUCCCAGCUUUCCGGUAUUCUUCGAACCAGGUACCGAGAAUGAGCUAGCAUUGAACAUCCAUGAGGUCGAAUGGAAAGAUCUCUUGGCUAUACCCCUUGCCACUCUCAAGAGAAACUGGGUCAAAUACUGCCUUGAGAAAACAAUCUCGCAUGCCGCCGCCAUUCACUCUUUUCACUUCCAGAAUCAUCUGGCAAAAGAGCCAAGAUAUCCUGAUCCCUACGGCCUUCGCGUGGCCCUCCAUCAAGCGAAUGGGUCCGACAUUGAUCUCUUUUGUCCACUUGAUGCAUACGGGAUUUGGUCUGCUGGGUUCGAAGACCUGAAGAAGUUCUUUGCAAGAAGAAUAUGUCAGAACGACGAGGUUAAAAAGUUGCGGUCAUUCUUGCGGGCAGCAUCGGACCAGGACUUCGAAUCGCGUCUCGUCCCAAGAACUGUUCGCAUGCGGCUCGAUCCUCUGGACCAGCUGGAGACCGUCAUGCGUGACCAAUUCAGGCCCUGUCUCGGCGUAUAUGCUGAGAUGGUUUUGGAUGCAACGGUACGACCAGCUCCAUACGGCGGAGUGGUUCUGGACUGGUGCAACGACAAUGCUCUGCCCACGGGGCAGCCCUGUCUUCACGAUGACUGCGACGGUCUACAGCCUCCAUUCUCGCUGGUGGAACAAGCGUUCAUCAGUCAAGCACAUGCAACAGAACAAGACGCACAGGCCCACGAUAUCUGGCAAAGAGUCGCUCAAGUCCUGAGCAGAUUCAGAAUCGUGCUAGCCAGUAUGAUUCAACGGGAAGCAAUGGCAAUCUACCAGGAUAACAAGGAGCAGCCAUGGCGAGAAUGGAUUGAGCUAGUCUGCGGCGAAGCAGUCGUGAACAACGAAGGCAAUUUUACCACGCUUGGCGAGCAGGUCCGCAACUCCGCUCCGUUCGAUCAAGAUUACCAAAAUCUCGAAGCUUGGUCCAUGGGUCGUAACGUCGCACAGCGCGUACGAUUCAUGGUCCACGUCGGCGCCGAAGAGUUCUGGCGUACCUUUAUGCGAAGUCCCAUGUUCCUCCGCCUUGCCAAAACAUACCUGAAAGAAAAGCAAGUCCUGAUUCUAGUACCAAAUACCAAUUUAAGCAACAGCGGCUACGUGCCUGGCUGGAUUAUCGAUGCUUGGAAGCUCUUGGAUAUCAAAGUCAACGGUGGAACAUUCGAUGCUGGAAUGUUGAUGUUCAAGGGAGUCUGGGAGAGCCCGAGUAAGAGGAUUGCUGUGAUUAAGUGGAGUUUUCACGAUAUCCCCGAAAGCGCGAAUUCUGCUCGCGGAAGGGAACGCGUGCCUGUUACGGAGAGAAUCGAUACGGUCUGCAUGAAGGAUCUGUAUGAUAACUCCGCAGAGCCCCCAUUGGAGGGUCGCACGAAGGCUAUAUAG